CAGCAGCAUUCAAUCUACCACCAUCCCCGGAAAUCCAAAGCACAAUUUACGGAGGUGACAAUGCGAUAGUCUCUCGAAUCCCUGCAGCCUUCCUGGUAACAGAAGAAUGUGACACUCCUGCCAAGACAUCGCCUCAACGGCAUACCUGAAGGCUUAUCAGUCUCGUCAUGCGCAAGCCUUGCCAUAAUUGUCGUCGAUCACGCCUACGAUGUGACUUGUCAGUCCCAGCUUGCCGAAAAUGCUUCCUGUCAGGCCAACAAUGUCUGGGCUAUGGCAAGAUGUACACUUGGAACAAUGGAGUGGCCAGUCGUGGCAAGAUGAUGGGCAAGUCAUUUGAAAUGCCCGCUGACGGAUCAGAUCAGGCUCUAUCUCAACCGUCAUCCUUCUCUCGCCCUCCGUCCACCAGGGCCUCGUCGAACCCAGACUCUGACACAAAGAGGCCCCUGGAGGCAGCGAGAGCAUUUCAGCUUGGUCCGUCCCUGCUGGACCCGCUUGUUCAGGAUCUCAGCUACUCCCUGCGAUAUUAUCUCUCCCAUUUCUGUAGCAGGCUUUGUCAAGACUUGGUCACAUACGACAUUCCUAGUCACAACCCCUACCGGAACCUGGUGGCCAUGACCAAGGAGCAUCCUUUCUUGCUCCAGGUCAUCAUCGCUAACUCGGCCAUACAUAUCUCUAAUCUGCAUUCGCACCGACCACCCAUACACUCAGCGACGAACGAGACGUCUUUUGCUUCCCCCGGUGUAGUUGUUUCCACCAAAUUCAAGCGAGAUGCCCUGCUGGCCGAGCAGCUCGCGUUGCAGCGACUUCGGCAGGCUUUACCGUCGAUCGAUCGCACCGGACAAGAUGUCGUUCUAACCGGCAUUCUUCUCUUCAUCAAUUUUGAACUCAUGAGUAGCGGCAAAGAUGGCUGGAAAGUUCACGUGGACGGGGCUAGACGCAUUAUUGACGACUUUGAUUUCUCCCUGGUGUCACCAUCGGCAGAAACCACCAUGUUGCAUGAUUAUGUUGUCUCUGACUGCCUCAUAUACUAUGUGCUCGGCUCGACCUUCUCGACGCAAGCACUCAACCCCAAGACGCAGCAGCAAGCAAUGGAGCUUCUCCCUGUGUUGGAGAGGGCGCAGGUCAACAGCUAUCUGUCAUGUCCUGCAGAGCUUUUGCAGAUCAUGCUCUGGGCAUCACAUCUCUCAAGAUCUGAAGUGAUCCAGGAGAGCCAGUCCUGGGCCACCGCGGGGCACGACCAGAGUCUCGAACUCAUGUCCAAAGCCCGUUCAUUUGACGUUAGGGCGUGGGCGGCACGCGUGCGAGGAAUCUCCACGCAUGACGAUUUUGACAGCCGACUGCACGUAGCUUCGGCCCAUAAGGCAGCCAUUUGCCUCUAUCUCCAUCGAGCCGUCCCGUGGAGGAAUCUUUUGCAACGUCACGAAAUCGACCAGCUGACGGCAGACAUUAUACAACAUCUCUCGCACAUCCAACCGGGCAACCAUCUGCUGAAAAGCACAUCGUGGCCCGCGUUUAUUGCUGGGGCUGAGUCGAGAGACAGAAGACAGCGGGUGUGGAUCCUGGAACAUCUAUCUGCCCUGUGGGAAAUGUUGCCUUGGGGUUAUCUCCACACCGAAGUUGAGAUGUUGACAAGCAUCUGGAGUGGUGAGAAGGAUGACAGUGAGGCUGGUGAUGGACAGAACGGGUGGCUUCACCAACUCAAAAGUCGAGGCAAAGAUUGGAUUGUUGUGUAAAGAGAUACCCUUUUGUGAGAUGAGUUUGUAUUCAGGUUGUUGGUUACCGCCCUGAUGAACAUGAUGAUGAUGAGAUGGACGUAGAAUUAUGUAUACACUAUACAAUAUUUAGUACCUGUCAGAUGGUAGCUGGGUAG